CUACAGGAAAUCAUAUUGCAGAAUAAACCGGUAAUAUCGCUGUUCUCCACGAACAUAGCUCCCUAGUGAGGUCACCAUUUUUAUCUUAGCUCAUUGGAAGGUGGAACAUUAGUUCCUGUCAGAUUUCUGCAAUGGAAAGGAGUCGUUGUUCUGCUGUCCGGUUGUGAAGCGAGAUUGCGCUCAUUUACGUCGCCUAAAAUCUCAUUUAAAGGUUUUGGAAAAGGAUUAAUUCAAUGGCUCAUCAACGUGUUAAAUUUGCCAUGAAGAGGUAUGUUGCAGUUGGCCUAUUCCUCUGUCUUUCUUCUAUUAUUGACAUCGCAACCACUGUAACUCAUUAUUCCGUUCCGGAGGAAAUGGAUGAAGGAUCCGUUGUUGCAAAUUUAGCGACUGAUUUAGGAUUAGAUGUACGGAGUCUGAGUAAAAGGAAAAUGCGCGUGGAUGUUGUGGGCAACAAAAAGUACCUCGAGAUUAACAGAGAUACUGGGGAGCUUUUUAUCUUGGAAAAAAUAAACAGGGAAUUUCUUUGUCCUCUCAAGACAACCACCUCCUGCUUCAUUAGAUUAGACGCUACAAUUGAGAACCCGGUGCGCAUGUUUAACAUUGAGGUAGAAAUAUUGGACAUAAAUGAUAACGCUCCUCAUUUUAGAAGAGGAACAAUGCAUUUGGACAUAUCGGAGUCCAGCCCUGUGGGAGAGAGAUUUUCCCUGAAUAACGCUGCAGACCCGGAUGUCGGAACGAAUUCUGUGCAGAAUUACCACCUGAGCGCAAGUGAUCAUUUUGCUAUUGAAAUUCAGACCGGCAGGGACGGGACGAAAUUUGCAGACUUGGUUCUGAAAAAAGCUCUGGACAGAGAACAGCAGGCUGUUCAUAAUCUGAUUCUGACUGCUGUGGACGGUGGAGUUCCCACCCGCACGGGUACAGCCAGCAUCAUUGUUCGCGUGCUAGAUGUGAACGACAACGCCCCUUCAUUUGACAAAGACAAGUACGUUGUAGAUGUGAUGGAGAAUUCUCCCAUUGGCAGCUUGGUAAUCAAGCUGAAUGCUACAGAUUUAGAUGAAGGCUCCAAUUCUGAUAUUGUUUAUUCAUACAGCUUAUACACAUCAGAAAGAACACAGAUGAUGUUUAACCUGAAUCCAGAAAAUGGUGAAAUCAGAGUAAAAGAAAUGAUAAAUUAUGAAGAUGAUCAACUUUAUGAGAUGGAGGUCAUAGCCAGUGACAAGGGGCCUAACUCCUUAUCUGGACAGAGCAGAGUGACCAUCAAGGUGACUGAUAUGAAUGACAACCACCCUGAAAUUUCUAUUAAAUCAUUUCAGAGUCCAGUUAAAGAAAAUGUGGACACAGACACAGUGAUAGCUGUUGUUAGUGUCAGUGAUAAAGACUCUGAUGAUAAUGGAGUGGUUGAUCUUCAUAUUCCAGAGAAUAUGCCUUUCAAACUGAGGAAGUCCUCUGAUAACUAUUAUGAGUUAGUGUUAUCAGAGCCAUUAGACCGAGAGAAGGUCCCAGAAUAUGACAUCACUUUCACUGUCAAAGACAGAGGCUCUCCUCCUUUAUUUGACAAUGAAACAAUGACUUUGGAGCUGCUGGAUGUUAAUGACAAUGUUCCACAGUUUCCCCAGUCAUUUUAUACUAUACGUGUCAUGGAGAAUAAUGCACCUGGGGCCUUGCUCAGCUCGCUAACUGCAUUUGAUCCUGAUCUUCAUGAAAACCAGUAUCUAGUUUAUUUUAUCAUAGAGAAGGAGAUCGCCAACACCUCCAUGUCCAUGCUGUUCUCCAUCAAUCCAGAGAAUGGGAAUCUUUAUGCUCUGAAAACUUUUGAUUACGAAAUUGAAAAAGAGUUUCUUUUCCACAUCGAGGCCAGAGACUCUGGUUCUCCUCCUCUCAGCAGUAACGUGACUGUUCACAUCAUUAUUGUGGACCAAAAUGACAACGCUCCAACUAUAGUUUCUCCUUGGCGGGCUCAUGGCUCAGUAGUAGAGGAGAAGAUCCCCAGAUCCACUGAUAAAGGCUCUCUGGUUUCAUUUCUUCUCCUCAUCACCAUACUGGUCACCAUGGUGCUGAAGUGACAGAAACCAAUGCCCAGAAAAGCUGCUCCUCCCAGCAGGAACAGUGUGAUCAGUGAGAGGAACUCCACCAUUGCAGACUCCACUCUGGUAUCCAAUGAUGCCUACUGGUACAGUCUGUUUCUGGCAGAGACCAGGAAAGGAAAGCUGGUGGUUAGACAGCCUGUGCCAAAGGGUUCCAGGUACAUCGUGUCCAGCCUACCGAGAGGGACAGGACUGUCAGAGACUAGUGGUUCAGCAGCUUCUACUCUGCAGUACCCUAAAUGAGGAAGGUCCGCUCAGCAGAUGGAGGCCUCUACUGCAAGCAGCAGCAGCUCUAAGUAAUCCCAGUCCUUCAGCUGUGGAUAGGAUCCAUAACAACAGCAAACACAUCACUGAAGAAAAGAGGAACUGCUUUUUGAUAUCCGUACCUACGUAAAUGCCAUCCUCUGUCUUGCUCCUGUUCCUUAUCGUGUGCAGUCAUUAUGCAACUCAAAUGAAAUUUACCAGAGAACAUACCCAUGCACUCCCUCUUUGUUUGAGCACAUACGCAGAUCUGAUGUCCAUACCUAUAUGCAUGAAUAUAAUGCAUGGCUUCAACUGUGUAAAAAAAAAAAAAACAGCCAUUCAAAACAUUUUUAGACCAGGUACUGACAAAUAAGCAGACUGCAACAUGGUAUCUAUUUCUAAGUAUGUACAGAAGACACAAAAAUUAUUCCAAGAGUGGACACAGGAACGCUGAAAUGCCUUUCAUGGACUUUUUGCAUUUUUUUAGAAGGAAGCACAUGUUGGGUACUUAAGUUUUAUCCAUUGUGCCCAUUUCUGCGCCAUACAAAGUGUAUUAUAUAAGCAACCUGAAAAAUGAUGUGAUGCACAAAUAACUAAAUGUCCCAAAAAUUGAAAGAAAAGCAAAUAUUAAUGCAAAGAAAUCAGAUUUAAUAAAUUAGCGUUAGCCUCUUUCUAAGUUAUGUUUGGUACUAAUGUUUUAUGAGUUAGUCCAGCUUAAAUGUAUUAAAGUGUCACGUCCAUCAUAAGCACAAAUGAACAGGACUGAGGACUUCAGCCAUAAUGUCCUUCGGUUCUUUCUGUUUAUAAAAGAGUAAAUUUGCAGUUUCAAUAAACCUUUGCUUCCUUACAAGAGAAAUACACACGUAUACCCUUUCCCAUGACUUCAAAUUUCAAUCUUAACAUAUCUGAAGGUUUUGGCUACUUGAACAUUAUUAAAGGUGUCUUGAGGUCUCAUUGAGUGAGUGAACGUGAAAGAACAACCUGAUUUGUUCUUGUAUUAACUGUAUAUAAUGCUAGAAAUGGUAAUGAAUUUGUUUUUUUUAGUUGAUUUUGUAAUCCAUUCAGUAAAAUUUGCAUAAUUUCAGUAUUUUCAGUGGUGCAACAUGACAAACCUUGAUUGUUAAUUUACAAAAUGCAAACAGCAUACUAUACCUGUUUUGGUUUGUUUUUUUAUCCAAUGGAAGUUUUAUGUAUUUUACUGAAUUGUACGUGUCACUUUACAGAGGAAACAAUUCACUUACAUGCAGCAGACGUAAGCUGAAACAUAUGCCUGUUUAUUAAUAUACAUUUGUAUCAUCAAUGUAGGGCUUUUAAGCCUCUUUAAUGUGAACCGAAUUAUGUGCCAUCAGAUUUAAGUCAGCCUGUCUCUGCAAGAAUACAACAACCAUCUUGUCAAACUCUUUAGUACAGCUUGGUUUUCUAGUUAGAAAGUUCAAUGUGUUCAAUCAAACAUAUUGUAAUUCCAGUGUUACUUUCACAGUGAAAUAUGUAGAACGUGUGUUAGUUAUAUGCUGUGGUCUGUGAAUUAUAAAAUAAAACAUAA